UGUGUACGCUGACGUUCGCAACGUAACCAAAACACAGACGAAAAACUUUACGUGUUUAUCGCUUUGAUUAUCCUAAUAUUUUCUAAAUUUUACUUUCGACGAUUCACGCUAUGUUCAGCGGUGCCCCACUUGGUGAUCAAAUUGAGGACGAUGAAGUACAGGAGAUACUCAAAACAGGUACCGAUCUGCGCCAGUACUCGGCUCAGAUCGAGAAAGAGUUCAAGGAGGUAGAAAAUCGAUCGAUCGAAGAUUAUAUCAAGGAGAGUCAGAACAUUGCCUGUCUGCACAAUCAGAUUGGAAACACAUCGACGAUACUGGAGCGGAUGGAAUUGAUGCUGAUGGAUAUACAGGACGCGUUAAAUAACAUUAGCACGGAGAUCACGACGCUACAGAGGAAAUCCGUGUCGAUGUCGGUGCAGUUAACCAACAGGCAAUCAGUUCGGGCUCAACUAUCUCAGUUUAUUGAGGAUAUGGCCGUACCUGGGGAAAUGAUUUCGACAAUCAUGGACACAGCGGUCACGGAGAAGACAUUUCUGAUUCAUCUGAAUGAACUGAACCACAAGCUGAGCCUUAUGAAGGAACUUAACUUUAAAGAAUCCAAAUCAUCUCAAGACGUCAACGAUGUAUUGCAAAAGCUUAAGAUUAAAGCGAUGAGUAAAUUACGAGUGUAUCUGAUGGAACAGAUUUAUAAAUUUCGCAAACCUAUGACAAACUAUCAGAUUCCACAGAAUGCGAUGUUGAAAUAUAAGUUCUUUUUUGAAUUUAUACUUUCGAACGAACGCACAGUUGCGCAGGAGAUAUGCAACGAGUACAUCGACACGAUGGGAAAGAUUUAUUAUAGUUACUUUAAAAGUUAUUCGACUAGGCUGGCAGCGUUGAAAUUUGAAGAAGCAGUUUCGAAAGAUGAUCUUAUGGGGCUGGAAGAUACGGUAGCAAGGGGACUUUUUUCUAAGGCUAGCUCGCUGAAGAAUAAAAGUACAGUAUUUUCUAUUGGAGAUCGGGGAGAUGUCCUAAAUCAACAACUUGAAGCGCCAAUCAUUGUUCCACAUGCACAACAAAAGACUCGAUAUCCAUACGAAGCUCUGUUUCGCUCUGAGCAGUACGCCCUAGUGGAUAAUGCCUGUCGAGAGUAUCUGUUCGUGACAGAGUUCUUCAUCGUGCGAGGUCAUCAGGCACAAGAUUUGUUCAAUCAAAUUAUGGGAAAAACUAUGGCAUUAUUAAUCAAAACAUUGGAGACCUACGUUCAGGACUGUUACGAUACGAUUGCAUUGUUUCUUUGCAUUCAACUGUGUCUUCGGUAUCAAUUGAUGUGCCAUAAGCGCUGUGUACCUGCUCUUGACCGGUACUGGGAUAAUCUUCAAGGAGUAAUUUGGCCUCGAUUCGAGCAAGUCUUUCGAAUGAACAUCCAAAGUAUCCAGGAAUGUGAUCCAACAAAGUUUUCCAAAGAAACGGGACCGCAUCACAUAACACGCCGCUACGCGGAAUUCUCGGCCGCUAUAGUGGGCAUUACGGAAAACUUUCCAAACGAACUGGUCAGUCAUCUGUUGCUGGAACUACAGGAAGAAGUCAAGUGUUUCAUGCUACGAAUGGCAGCUAUUUUCACCACCCGCAAAGAGCAGCUCAUUUAUCUGAUCAACAACUAUGACUUGGUGCUCGGGGUGUUGAUGGAACGAACAAGAGAUAAUUCCAAGGAGGCCGAAGCAUUCCGUGAACUUCUCAGUACCAGGUCUGCCGAAUAUGUGGAGGAAAUUUUAGCACCCCACCUUGGCGGCAUUAUUCAAUAUGUAAAAGAUUGCGAACAUAUGCUGGAAAAGGAACAAACUGAAGAAUUCAAGCGCCAAGAGCGUCGAUCGUUGCAGCUAGUGGCUAGCUUUUCCGUUAACUGGAAGAAAUCACUGGAGGAAUUGAACCGAGAGGUGUUUCUAUCAUUCCCCUCCUUGGUCACUGGAUCCCAGCUGUUGCAGUUGGCCCUUGCUCAGUUGGUACAGUAUUAUCACAAAUUUUACAAACUAUUGACUCCAAGCGCACGAGCUCAGCUGGUCAACAUUCAUGUGAUUAUGAUUGAAAUCAAAAAAUAUAAAAGCAACUAUUAGUUGAUUGUCAUAUGGAAAAA